CCACAAUAUUCGCUCUUCUUUCCAUUUUCAUUUCCUGCCUUAUUCCUCAAGCAAACUUUUCUCCCUCUUUCUCUCUCUAACUUCUACUAAAAUCUUAACAAGCUUUCUCAUCAAUAUCUCUACCAAUACUAAAAUCUUUCACCAAUUUACAGUACUACAAUCAUAUAUAAGAUUAUCAAUCAGAGGAAAACGAUUAUUAAUUUGUUUCUUUAUAUCUUUAAUCUAAGAUUAAAAUGAAGGUGGUUUGGUCUCCUGAUAAUGCUUCUAAAGCUUAUAUUGAUACUGUUAAAUCUUGUAAACUAAACCAAGAAUCAGGAGUAGCAGAGCUAAUAUCAGCCAUGGCAGCAGGAUGGAAUUCAAAACUGAUAGUAGAAACCUGGUCGAACGGAAACUUCACUCCAAGAAGCAUAGGUCUCGCAAUCGCCGCACGACAUACCGAUGGUCGUCACGUGUGUAUAGUUCCCGACGAACAUUCUAGAAACGACUACUUACAUGCUAUGUCAUCAUCCACCACAGGAAUUACAUCGCCGGAGAUUCUCAUCGGAGAACCAGAAGAAAUCAUGUCAGAGCUUGAUGGCGUUGACUUUUUAGUAGUGGAUAGUCGGCGAAGAAACUUUUGCAGGUUUCUAAGGUUAGCAAGAUUGAGUAGUAGAGGGGCAGUUUUGGUAUGUAAAAAUGCAGAGGCAAAAACGACGUCGUGUGCGUUUAAUUGGAGAGGAGUUUUGGAUGGAGGAAAGUAUCGGGUGAUUCGCACUGCUUUUCUUCCUGUGGGACCGGGGUUGGAUAUCGCACACGUGGCGCCAUCUUGCGUGUUAGGAUCUACCGCCGGUAUUAAUUCCGUGAAGAGUAGUAAUAAGAGGCGUUGGAUUAGACAUGUCGAUCGAAUUUCAGGCGAAGAGCACGUCAUACGAACGUAUUAAAACAUGUUUUAAAGUUCGUGAUCGUGAAGGAUAUUUUUUUUCUUUGGGUUAUUUGUUUUUUGGUUUUUUUGUUUAUCGACAAAAUAAUUAAGAAUGUAAAUAUAAAUUUUAUUUUGGGAGUAGUUUGAAAAGAAAUGUGAUGUUCUUCUUGAGUAUACUCUCUCUAAGAUACCUAGGAAUUAAAUUAACAAUCACUUUGCUUCUGUUAAGUUACAAAAUUCAAAGUAAAAUUUUUUAUAUAUUUUGUAGCAAAAGUAAAAGAGAUAAAAAGAGUAAAAUUAUUUUUGGUCAAUAGAGAAAAUUCUAAUUGCUAGGGAGAGCACUACCAUAGUAUCCUAAUUUUUGUGCAAGUUGUAUAAAUUAUAUCAUUAUUCUCUGCUUUUAUAAAUUUGUCAAUGAAAAUAUGACAUACCUUUUUAAUAAGGUUAGCUGGUUAGGCGCUAAGUCAAUGUUAUGUAAGUAAUACAGAUCUUGAAUAAUAAACAAAAGAAACUAUGAAUGAAGUUUUGUUGGUUGAUAACUUGAUGAGAAAUGGUUGCUGUUUUUGGUGGCUAAAUUUUUUAGGCGAGGAGGAGGGUGUUGCUCCCAAGUCCCAAUCAAUUUUUUGUAAUACUUUUGUUUAUUAAAAUUGCUUUAUUUUGGUAAAAAAAGUUUUUAUUUACCUAAUUCCUUAGUUUGUAUGUCUCCCCUUUUGUUGGUAAUGUC